ACCCCAUAACUACACUCAUCGAAAAUGACAUCGACAGUUCUAGUUACUGGAGCCAGUGGCUUCCUUGGCCGUGCGGUUUUCAACACUUUCCAGCACUCGGGCGUGUUGGUUGUUGGCCAGGGAUUCUCCCGUCCUGCCCCGCCUACUAUCUUGAAGGCUGAUUUGGAGAAGGAGGAAGACAUUCGCAUGCUCUUCGAUGAAGUCAAGCCUCAGAUUGUCAUCCAUUGUGCCGCAAACAAGUCCCCAGACCUCUGUGAUAAGAACCCGGAACAAGCCCGCAAGGUCAAUGUCGACGCCACUCGCACACUGGCCAGAGAAUGCCAAGCUCGUGGUGCCUUCCUCAUCUACAUCUCGACCGACUACGUCUUCCCCGGCACCGAAGGCGACGCACCUUACGAGGCCGAUGCCGAGACCAAGCCACCGAACCUGUACGGGCAAUUGAAGCGUGAUGGCGAGGUGGCCGUACUAGAAGCAACCAAGGAGUCAGGCAUGGGAAUUGUGCUGCGCGUGCCGGUGCUGUACGGCAACGCCAAGGAGAACUCUGAAAGUGCGGUCAACACUCUCGUCGACGCUGUCCAGAAGGCCACCGAUGAAAAUGCCGGCGUGAAGAUGGACGAUUGGGCUAUACGGUACCCAACCAACACCGAGGACGUUGCGCGCGUGUGUCGAGACAUUGUCAUCAAGUAUCUGCGUGAGAAGGAGAAGCGCAAAGACUUCCCUCGUAUCCUGCAAUUCUCAUCCGAGGACCGUAUGACCAAGUAUGAGAUUUGCCAGAAGUUGGCUGAGGUGUUGGGUGUUGCUAUUCCCGGAAUGAUCCCCAAUAAGCAGGGCAAUGAUCCCAAUGGGGGUGUUAUACGGCCUUAUGAUACACAUCUCUCUACCAAGGCACUGACUGAGCUUGGGAUUGAUGUGCGGACAGUGGAUUUCAUCGCGUGGUGGCGCCGGGAAUUGGGUGCUUAUAGGAAAUAGGUUC